AUGGUUACGACGAUCAAGCUCAAGCAGCCUCGCCGCGCUUCCCAGUCACGGCGACCACCGACCGUCUCGCCGGACACCUCUUCCGACGAGAGCGACUUGUCCGGUGACCAUGAACCCUCUCUUCCGCCUAUUGCCCCACCUGAAGACCCGGUCGACCCGCUGCGACGGAUGAACACGGUGCUCGAGUUUGCAGGAGCAGGCGCGCUGUGCAUCGGCUCCGCUCUUGUCAUCUCCCUCUAUGUCACAGGACCGCCACGACCAAAGGAUUACGCAUCAAGCAGUACGGCGGUCUUGCUCAUGCUCAUGAUCAACGGUUGCGCGGCGUGCAUCCCGAGCUGGGCUGCCGCGCUACUGAUACUGUUCGGGAAGAAGCCAGCCAAGGACGAACCGCCGCCGCACCCAAAGUUGCUUCGCUCAGCCGCACUCGCUUCUCUCUUCCUCGCCGUGCUGCAGUGCGUAGCGGGUAUCAUCCUCUACGUGCUACUCGAGCGGCAGGACUCCUUCGUCGAUUUCUGCAUGAAGAAUCUACCAACGACCACACCGGAGGACUGUAUGUCACGGUGGAGUCGGAACUGGGUUGUCGUGCUCGCCGUCAGCCUUGUGCUCGUCUUUCACAUCGCGUUGGGCUUCCCCGUCUACCGCUACACCCGCGGCAGCGAGUACGGCAAGCAAUUCGACGAUAGCGGCAGCCUACUUGAGCUCGCCUCGCCAACAACCAAGAGCCGGCACAGCAGGCGACGCUCGUCUCUGUCGCUCUUCGACAGCGACUCGGACAGUUCGCUCGAGCGGCAUAUGCACGAGGAGGCUAAGCGGCGCGGGUCGAUGAGGUCCCGUGGUCGAGUCGGGAGUAUGACGGGGCGAGGCAGGCGGAAAGGUCGAAGGAUGAGCUUCGAAGAGGACUCUUCGACGAACGGAGGCUCUUCGGACGACGGCCAGGUCGAGGAGGUUCGCUCAAUUCGGCCGGGCGGGAGUCGCCGGCAGCACAGAAUGUAA